GUCUGUUUUAAGUUUUCCAGUGAAAUCGAUUCGUCAGACAACGAUUUUUGUCUUACAGAAAUCAAUUGUGUAAAUUUGUUUCAUUUCUUUAGUUAGUUGGGUAAUGCUAUCAGUACAGCGGCAGGGGCGAAAUUAUUGAUAAGUGUUAACCAGUGGUCGAGCGACACGGAAAACGUUAAUUCAAGGUGGCCGAGAAAAUACACAUCCUUUAUAUAUGAGAUUUCCGUGUAUAGUUUCAGUCAUCUAAGUAAUAUGUUUUACGCGAGGUUGUAUAUAGAUUAAAUUGGUGGAAUAAAACUAGUUGGUUUAUUGUGCCGGACGCAGUGUGAUUCUCCGAGUUCUAUAUAGGAAAGUGCAUUUGUGUUUAAAAUGUUAAGCCCCGAUGCAUUAGCUCGGUGAUUGUUUUAAUAAUUGUGCUGCAUCCUAAGAUUUUUGUUUUUGGAACAUGUUGGCAAAUGUGUCGGACUCAUGUCGUGUUCUGACUUUUUUCAUAGGUGUGUCAGAAGUGUGCUUCAUGUCAGCGCCCGUGGGUCAGUGCUCUUACUGCUGCCCCAGAAACGACACAUUAGAUGUACAAUACCAACUGUUCACCAGAGCAAAUCCUACUUCACCUCAAACUAUACCGGAGAGGGAUGUCGAAGGUUUACAGAGAACAAAUUUCGACUUUAAUAAUCCUACGGUUAUAUACCUGAUGGGGUUUUCUGAAUCGAUAAAUGGAAUCAGUACUACUACUUUAAGAAAUGCGUAUUUAUCAUCAGGCGACUACAACUUUAUUUCUGUCGAUUGGUCCAGGCUUAUUGUGUUUCCCUGGUAUGUCACAGCCGUACGUAACACGAGAUAUAUGGGUAGACGAUUAGCAAGAUUCGUGCAGUACAUGAAUGGUAUUGGUGUAAGGGCUUCCAGUCUCCAUGUCAUUGGGUUUUCGUUGGGGGCCGAAGCGGCUGGAUUUGCUGGCAAGGAGUUACGCAGAAGGGGCCUUGUCUUAGGAAGAAUUACUGGUUUGGAUCCAGCGUAUCCCGGGUACAGUUUGACCAAUAGCAACGAUCAUCUAGCUAGAGGAGAUGCCAUAUUUGUUGAUGUUCUUCAUACCAACCCAGGAGUAUUAGGGUUCCCACAACCUAUCGGCGACGUGGACUUCUACCCUAAUUUUGGAAUGUGGAUACAGCCAGGUUGUUGGGUCGAUCAACUCAUCAGGGAUAAGCAGAUUUCAUUUAUUUAUGGAUGUAGUCACAACCGUGCAUGGCGUCUGUAUGCAGAGUCAGUAAUCAACCCUACUGGUUUUCCAGCAACACAUUGUAGAAAUUGGAAAGGUCCAUUAAGAGAGUGCAGAUUCAGAACUAACGGGUACAUGGGUUUUGGUGCACAGCCUCCAAUGACUGGCAAAAUGUACUUGGAGACCAAUGAGAAACCGCCAUUUGCAAGAAAUGGGCCUUGACACAUACGAGAGAAAGAAACCAAAGUGCAACCUUUUCAACUCUGGACAUGAGACGACAUAUCAUAGGUCAGAAUAUUCCUUGAAAACCUGUGUAUAUGUGAUAGUUUAGUACUUGGGUUGGAAUCUUCGAUUUGAAAACUGUUUUACAUUUUGAGUCAUGUUUUAUAAGUUUGUUAAUAUUAUGAUUAGGUAUUAUUAUUAUAUUAUCUAUUCUGAUAUAUUUGUUUAUUUAUAUUUUAUUUAGAUAAUAAGUAUGUAUUGAGCUGUGAUAAUAUAGAGCUAUAAUUAGUAUUACCACAGUGGCAUUAGGUUACAAUGGGGUCAAUUCUGUUUACUAUUUUUUAAAAUUUCAAUUUUAUGUCACGACGUAAUUUUCAUUUUAAGGACUAAUAUACUGGAAAUUUCUAAUAGAUAUAAGUCAAAAUUAUUAAAAAUUUAGUUCAUAUUGGUCCUAUUUAUUACAUAAAUAAAAAUUCCGCUGUGACAUCAAAUUGAAAUUUUUAUUAUUUUAUUAGUUUCGUAUGCGUGGAUUUUAGAAGUAAGGAAAAAUAAUGAAAUAGAUCUCUUUUAGAUGACGUGUCAAGAUAAUACGCACACCAUUAUUUAAGUUAGACCUUCAGGGGUACAAUAGCGAAUGCCGCAUUCGAUUUGGUGCAGUACUUUUCGCGUGAUACCGGGACAAACAUACAGACAGGCAAACAGAUAGACAAAAUUUCUAAAAAUUAUUGUUUUGAUUUCUUUUGCUACUAUUAAAAGCAUUUAUAUAUUUUUUUUUAAUAUCUGCCAUGUACAAUUACAAUUUUUUUAUUAUAUUUUAACAUAGUGCUGUUGUUGGUAUAAUUUCCUUAUUUAUUCAACUCGACACGGGAGGCGUGAUUUACAAGCUUUCAUACCUGAAAGAAUAUAAAAAUGUGCUUACACGGGGGAUUUAAAUUGUGCAAUCCGGGAAAAUAUUUCUUAUUCAUGCCAUCAGAAUAUUAAGGUGUGUCCGCCAUAAUUUAUAGUAAAAUUGUGCAAUUUUGUAAUGGUUCAGUUUUCCACGCACAUUUGAAUCAGACAUUUAGGUAUAUUUGGUAAAGAAUAGGCAUUUUGUAAUGUGUCAUUUUUAAAGUUGAGUAUUGUAUUAAAAGUUAAUACACCAACAAGAAUGACUCUUCGUGUCAUAAUAGAGUAAUUAGUAGUUGAAUUUUAUAAGCGAUUGGUGUAAAUAAUUAUAUUUAUUAUUUAUAAUUUUAUAAUAUUUUAGCAGUAUUUAUUAUUUUAUUAUAUUAUUAUUAGCAGUAUUUAUUAUAUAUUAUUUUAUUAUUGAAUUGUAAAAUAAACAAAUGUGAUAUUAUUCGUAAACCUGUUGUUCUUUUACAAUGGAUUUAGUUAAUUAUAUUUUUUAAAUAUGUAAUUUUACUAAUUUUGCGAAAUUGUAAUUGAAAGUUAUAAGAAAAUAAACUCCAAGAUUGAUAAAAGUAGAAAAAUCUUCAUUCACAAAGGCAACUGUAGAUACGAGUGAAUGCCACAAAAUGGUGGCAGUUUGAUUAAGCUAAGAACUGUAAAUUCACAUGUGGAUCUCGAUUUACAGUUGCUAACUUAGUCUUUUUUAAAAGAUUUUAUUUAACUUGCUUUUAAUUUGUAAGUUUUUGUGUUCAAAUGUGUUUUCUUUUUUAAGCAUUUACUGGCGUCCAUUUGUGCUGAAAUUUGGUAUAUUAUUAUUUAUGUAAGUUUGUUAAUAAUACAGUGUUAUGGUACCAUCGAGUAAAUUUGAUGAUGAAGACAAAAGGUGGCUAUAGAAUUUGCAAACUAUGCACAAUAAAUUCGUCAUGUUUGGGUUA